AAUAGUUUCCCUUGACCCUACAGACAACAACAUGGCGACGAUUGAAUCAAUGAUUGUUGAAGACCAAAGAGAACCUGAAAAACCAAUUGACAGAGAAAAAACUUGUCCACUUCUGCUUCGAGUAUUCUGUAGCAAUGAACGUCACCAUGCACUGAUGGAGUUUUCUAGAGGCAGCACUCCAACAAAUGAACUUCAGAUCUACACAUGGAUGGACGCCACAUUGAAGGAGCUGACAAGCCUAGUGAAGGAAGUCAACCCUGAUGCUAGGCGUAAAGGAACUUUCUUUGAUUUUGCCAUAGUCUUCCCGGACAGCCGAUCUCCCACAUUUCGAAUGCGAGAAAUAGGCACAACAUGCGCUGGCAGGAAGUCUCCUGAUGAUACUGUAACUCUUGCUCAGAAAAAGUUCUCCAUUGGGGACUACUUAGACAUUGCUAUAUGUGCCCCUCGAGCUGGAGGAAUGCCACCUAUUGGUGGGCGGGGGCGGCGACAGUUUUAGUUUUUUCCUUCUUAAAAAGUGACUAUGAAGUGACAUUCGGUACAGUUAGUAUGGUAAACAAGCCAAUGCAUUUACAUCACAUGAAGCUGUUUCUCAGCUGGGACUGCAUGCUUCAUAACAGAUUUGUCUGUUGUUAGCUCAUACAAGUGUACCACUGCUAGGAAGUUCAUUAAAAAUGUUUUGUGUCAUUUUUUUUUCAAAUUAAUGUUCAUGUUUCAAAUCAUUAUCAUAUUAAAUAAAUUUAAAUUUUUAA